AUGAACUCCGUAAAGCCGCCCAGACCCGGUCACUUCCUCUUCACCUCCGAGUCGGUGAAUGAGGGCCAUCCAGACAAGCUGUGCGACCAGGUGUCCGACGCAGUGCUGGACGCCUGCCUGGCGCAAGAUCCCGACAGCAAAGUCGCCUGCGAGACAUGCGCGAAAACAGGCAUGAUCAUGAUCUUCGGUGAAAUCACCACAAAAGCGUCUGUCAACUACGAGCAAAUCGUCCGCGAUACUGUCAAGGAGAUCGGCUACGAUGACGAGUCCAAAGGACUUGACUACAAAACGAUGAACGUCGUGGUUGCGAUCGAGGAGCAGAGCCCCGACAUUGCGCAGUGCGUGCACGUGAACAAAAAAGAAGAAGAUGUCGGCGCCGGAGACCAGGGUCAUAUGUUUGGCUACGCCUGCGACGAGACGGAGGAGUUCAUGCCUCUCUCGCACUCUCUCGCCACCCGUCUCGGCAAGCGCCUGACGGAAGUGCGCAAGCAGGGAAUUCUCCCCUACAUCCGCCCGGACGGCAAAACCCAGGUCACCGUCGAGUACGAGGAUCGCAACGGAGUUCCAGUCCCAAAGCGCGUCCACACCAUCGUCAUCAGCACGCAGCACGCCCCAGAGGCGUCGAACGAGCAGCUGAGAGCAGAUCUGAUGGAGCAUGUCGUGAAGUACGUCGUGCCGGCGCAGUACUUGGACGACGACACGGUUUACCACCUCAACCCGAGCGGGAAAUUCGUGAUUGGCGGGCCCCAUGGCGACGCUGGACUGACGGGCAGAAAAAUCAUCAUCGACACCUACGGAGGCUGGGGAGCUCACGGGGGUGGCGCUUUCAGCGGGAAGGACAGCACGAAGGUUGACCGCUCUGCGGCGUACGCCGCGCGUCGGGCUGCCAAGUCGCUUGUGGCGAACGGCUUUUGCAAGAGGUGUUUGGUUCAGGUUUCGUACUCCAUUGGCGUGUCUCAUCCGCUCUCCCUUUUUGUGGACUCGUACAACACUGCGGCCGAGAACUACAAUGACGAACUCCUGCUCAAGAUCGUCAUGGAGAACUUUGACUUCCGGCCGGGCGUCAUUCUGCGCGAGCUCCGCCUGAAAGAACCGGGUUUCAAGCGGUUCGCUGCGUAUGGCCACUUUGGACGAAGUGAAGAAGACUGUGCCUGGGAGAAAAUCGUGGACCUGUCGCACUGCAAAGUUCCUGGCAGCUCGGCCUAA